GAUUUUUUUAGUGGAAUAUUUCUUUACAAAUUUUUAAAAACCUUGGCACUGUUUUCGAAAAAUUAGAGAUUUCAUAUGUCAUCUCCAAAAGAUAAAAGCAAUAUUCAUAAACAUACGAUCCCAGUCUAUAUUGGAACAACUGAUGUGGCGGCAGAUACUUAUAGAAAGGAAGAGGUCUUACUCCCGCAAGAUAAAACGUUGCUCAAAGAAGGGGAUGCUCUACCAAUGUUGGUCGUGGAAAGACUCGAACACCCUUAUGGCGUUUCCCAGUAUCUAGAAGAAAAAGAAAUUUAUCAAAAUGAUCCAUUAGCUGAACUUGACGCACGUCAGGAGAUGUUCGCUGCCCACAAGGGCGGAAAGGGGAGGUCGAAAGGGGAAAUUGCCGAAAAUCAUCGACCUGACCCAUCUGGGAACGUGAGAAGAGUCGUAACUAACUUGACCAAUAAUAUUCACAAUCAACGAACCGUCAAUCAUAUUCAACAUCAUCCCAAAAAUUACAUUCCUCCCUCUAAACAAGAAGAGCAGUCCAAUGAAUAAAUCAUGCAAUUCUCCCUUUUUCCUGAGUAUCUUUUUUGGAACAUAAUUAUUUAAAGGUCAAUUAAUAUUAUAUCAGUUUUUUUUAAAUAUAAUUUCCAUUAUUUAUUAUAAAAAAUAUUUCACGAUCACACUUAAACAACAUUAUUUUAACCACCAUCUGAUCAACGAAAUGGCUUCAAUCAAAACAUUAUAAUUCUCUCUUUUAUUAGUUUUUUUAAAUAAAUUUGGUUGGUGCUCUAAGAAAAUCACCUAUAUAGUCCUUUA